AUGGAAACCCUGAUGCAAGUGAUGGCUGCUAAGAAGCGCGAGAUGUCCUUAAUCAGCGAGAAAAAGCUCAGUAAAACUAAAAAAUAUCUGAGUCGUGCUGAGGUUGAGUCUCUACUCGAAGAGAAUGAGAAAGCGCUGGAACCACCGAUGAAAAAAACCAAAACAAGUGAAGAAAGAGGACAAAUGUCAUCAAAUAAUGAACGAAUGGACGAUGUAGCCGCCAAUUCUGUUGAAGAUACGAAUGAGAAUGAUACAUUACGUGAGUCUGUAUUAUCGUGGCCCGAUCUCCGUCGACGGCUACGCGAAUUGGGCGAGCCCAUUACACUUUUCGGUGAGAAUUUAACCGAUCGCAUGGCAAGACUUCGUCGAGUUGAAAUUGACUUUGUCACGAAGCACGAUGAUGGUUUGGGAGCAGGUCACGGUAUUCGUAAUCGCUUCGUUAGUGGAGAUGAUGAAGAACAAAAGGAUUCAGUGGACGAUGCAGCGGAAGAUGCUGAGGAAUUUGAGGUUGAAAAGGGUAAAAAGAAGCAAGAAGACGAUCUUGAAGACGAGAAAGAUGCUGAUAAAAUUGUGUAUCGGUUCUUUAAAGGCAUGUUGCAAAAUUGGGAAAAAGAUUUAGCCAAUCGACCAGCACAUGUAAAGCGAACAGCGCAAGGGAAAGUAGCAGUGAAGACGAUGAAGCAGUGCAAAGACUACAUUCGACCUCUUUUUAAGCUAUGCAAACAUCGUCAAGUACCAGCAGAUAUUUUACCAAACUUGGUCGAUAUUGUCACAUUCUGUCGUCAAGGCGAGUUUGUGCAAGCGAAUGAUGCGUAUAUUAAAUUGGCAAUUGGAAAUGCAGCGUGGCCGAUUGGAGUAACAAUGGUUGGGAUUCACGAACGUACUGGUCGAGAGAAAAUUAAUUCAAACAAACAGGCGCAUGUUAUGAACAACGAGUUACAGCGAAAAUAUCUAACUUCAGUUAAACGUCUGAUUUCGUAUGCCCAAUCCAUUUCAAAUGUCCAACCGUCAAAGCGCGUGAUGUAG